AUGCCGACGGGAGAACAGCAGUCCCUCCUAAGCCGCCAGGCAGGCUACGGAGCGACGCAAUCAGCACCGGCUGCGCCGGAGCGGGAUCGCGACGACAUCGACAUCGAUGUCCCUGUUCAUCUGACCCAAUUCAGAGAUAACAUCCGGCAAUGCAAGGCCGCGCUCGUGCUGACGCUGAGUGCCGCGCUCGGCACAGGUAUCUGGCACCUGACGCGGUUGCCUGUGCCGCACAAGCUGGGCAGCAGCAUUGGCGGCUGCAUUGGUCUGCUUGUCAUGACGCUGAUCAAACGCCCCUUCCCGCGCCACUUGCGUCCCGCUUCGCUGGGCAAGCUGCGCAACAUGGGCAUCCAUCGCGCUGCGUGCGUCGGUAUCUUCAUCCUGAUGCUACUCGCCGUGGUGCUGCACUACCUCCCCGGCGUCGUGUACACGAUCCAGACCAAGCGCGGGGCGCCGAGCACCGGCCUCCCGAGCUGGCUGCACGUUGCGAGCCUGCUCGCCUCCGUCCUUGCCGCGGGCCUUAUGCGCCGUGGGCCGCUGCUCUGUGCCGAGAUCGCCGUCAGCACCUUUGGCCUGAGCGGUGUCGAGGCGCGCCAGAACGCGGACCAGAACGGCAACCAUGCGAAUGGUAAAGACGACGACCUCUGGGACGAGAAGAGGAAGCCCGAGGUCAUCGACUAUGGUAACUCGUCCAUGAUCAAGUUCCUCGCACUCGGAUAUGUUGCCGGCAAGAGCAUCACGCAGACUGAGCUGCAGCAGAAGGACCUGCCCCUCCUCGAGGAGUGGGUCAGGACGAGUGGCGACGAGUACCUUCGCACUCUCGGGCCAAGAGGUGACCACUUCAAGCCGUACACCAGUGGUCAGCUCCUAAAAGCUUUGUGGAAGAACCGCGGGUGGUCCAUCAUCCUGACCUUCAUCCUCGAGACGCUGAACACCGUGAUCGCCUACGUGCAGAUCGCGGCUCUGCGCGAGCUCAUCGCCUCGUUCAAGCACCCGUCAGACGACUACUCGUACUCGUACCUCAUGUGCUGGGGCCUGUUCUUCGGACAGGUCGUUGAGGUCCUCCUCUCAGCUUACCUCUGGGUUCGCGAGAACUACAUCCUGCACAACCCCGUGCGCAUGACACUGUCCGCUAUUAUCCUCCGGUCUACGGACGCAAAGGCGAUGGAGGCUCAGAACAUGUCUGAAGAAGACACCAAGGCCGGCAAGGGCCGCGCCCAGGUCAUGAACCUGCUCACCAUUGACACGAACACCGUGGCCUCCAUGGCGACCUAUGUCUGGGGCAUCUCCAACGGGCUCAUCAGACUGUGCGACAAGGCUUGGGCCAGAGCUCGCGAUGCCCGCAUCGGUGCCAUCAAGGAGUUCCUCAUGGGCAUCAAGGUCAUCAAGCUGAACGCGUUUGAGGAGUACGAGAUUGAGCGUAUCGGCAAGCUCCGCGACAUUGAGACAAAGUGGCAGAGGUGGCGAUACACCCUUGGCACACUCUUCAACAUUGUGGCUGACGAGAUGCCGAACGUGGCUGUUCUCGUCACUUUCGUCUUCUACACCAAGGUCCUUGGUAACCGACUGGAGCCCGAGACGGCAUUCAUUACGACGACUAUCUUUUAUCGUGUCCGAGAGGGACUGGAGGUCCUGCCGAGGAUUGUCGACAUCCUCCUGUCCACCAAGAUUGCCCUGGACCGUCUCAAGGGCUACCUGAACCAGGACGAGGUGGUCCUGAACCCCGCUGACGUCUCUGAGGGGCAGAUCGUCCUGAACGACGCCACCAUGACUUGGCCAAGAGUCGAGGAUGUCACCGCCGAUAUGCAAACAACAGACAGCAGCGAACGCCUCUUCGAAAUCAAAGAUGUGUCCUUGACCCUGCCUCGGGGCAAGAUGACGCUCGUCUGCGGUCCUCUGGGGUCAGGAAAGACGCUGCUGCUGCGCAGUCUCCUGGGCGAGACCAAACUCGUCUCCGGCCGAAUCGUCACGCCUCGCUCUGCGCCCGACAUGACACCGCUCGACGCCUCGAUGGUUAAAUUCAGGUGGACCAAUGAGCUGUGGUUGGACAACUCAGUUGCGUAUGCCCCGCAGAUGCCCUACAUUCGCCACGGUACGGUCAAGGACAACAUUACGUUUGGCCAACCGUUCUGGCCGGAGCGCUACAACGAAGUCCUGAGGCAAUGUUCGCUGGAGUCAGACCUCGAGCUCCUCGUCGACGGCGACCGCACAGAAGUUGGGGAGAACGGCGUCAACUUGAGCGGAGGCCAAAAAGCCCGCAUCAACCUUGCCCGAUGCGUCUACUCGCGCGCUCGCACCAUCUACCUGGACGAUAUCCUGAGUGCGGUGGACGCCCACACGGCGCGCUUCAUCGUCGACGAGUGCUUCAAAGGCUCGCUGCUGAAGGGUCGCAAUGUGGUGCUCGUUUCGCACCAUGUGGAUCUCUGUCUCCCGGCGUCUGAGUAUGUUGUCGCACUGAGCAAUGGAAAAAUCGAACAGUCUUGCCCCUCGAAGCGGGCGCACGUCGGGUCCCUGAUUGCCUUGGCAUCGCCGAAGCACGAGGCGAAGGAGGAGGAGCCGCCGGCGCGACCGGCGGGGCAUGGCCGCUCCGACAGCUUGGUCGCCGAAACCCAGGACAUUCUGCACACGCUCGAGGGCGAAAGUCGCCGCGCCCCUGGGGCCCCGCCGAGGUCACCCUCUGGACGCUCUGCCGACCUCCAACUGUACGAGGAUACUCGUCUCGUGGACGACGAAGCAUUCGAGGAAGCUGAAGUCCGCGAGGCGAGGCACCUCUACAAGGCCGAGGACCAGAAAUCGGGCCAUGUGGCGGGAUCGCACUACUGGAUGAUGAUCAAGGCUGCCGGCGGCUUCGGCUACUGGACCAUCUUCGCCAUCUGCUACAUCCUCGCCAAGGGAUCGAGCAUGGUGGUGUCGUACGUCCUGGAGAUUUGGACCGAUGACCCCGACCAGUCCCAUUUGGACUACUACCUGUCGCUUUAUAUUGGCGUCAACGUCAUCUACGUCCUCUUCGGGUCCAUCCGUUGGGUAUGGCUUUAUGGAGUUGGGAACGUCGGCUGGUAUUCGGCGGGCACGAAGAAGAUUCACCGCAAACUGUUCAAGACGAUCGCGCAGGCUCCUCUGAGCUUCUUCGAGUCGGUGCCGUCUGGACGCCUGCUGAACGUGUUCGCUCAGGACAUGAGACGACUGGACGCUCAGUCUGCCGACGACUUUGGGCGCACGGUGCAGCAGGUCAUCACUGUCGUCGGAGCGGCGGGCAUCGUCGUGUUCAAGGUCCCCAGCUUGUUCUUCGUCAUGGUGCUAUUCGGCAUCCCCCUCUUCAUGAUCGCGAAUGGUCUUGGAAAGCUGAGGUCCACUCUGCGACGCCUUGCAGCCGUCGCUGACUCGCCGCUGAUCUCGCUGUACCACGACAGCAUCGACGGCGUGGUCAUGCUGCGAGCGUUCGGUCUGCCGAACCUAAUGGCACAUACCAUGGUCGGCCUCAUCAACAAGAGCCGCACGGCCGAAACAUGGAACUGGAUCGUGUACAAUUGGGUCCGCGGCGUGGUCCUCAGCGGCUCGUCGGUCUUCAUCACUGCCACUGCGAUCGUACUUGUCGGCAAGGACAUUUCUGCCGCGCAGGCCGGCUUCAUCCUCUCCUUCGCUGCGCAGAUCAGUACGAACCUGUUCGGUCUGCUCGAGCAGCUGAUUAGUAUGGAGCAGACCUUUGUGUCGGCCGAGCGUGUGAACCACUACCUGGAGGAGAUCCCUCAAGAGCCGGAGAAGGGACUGGAGCCGCCGCCCUCGUGGCCGGUCAAGGGCAAGAUCGAGAUCAAGGACAUGAGCCUGCGAUACGCGCCCGAUCUGCCCGACGUGCUUCACGGCAUCAACCUGGUUAUCGAGCCGGGUCAGCGGGUCGGUAUCGUCGGCGCGACGGGCAGCGGCAAGUCGACGCUCGCACUCAGCCUCUUCCGCGCGAACGAGCCCAACGAGGGACUCAUCAAGAUCGACGGCCUGGACAUCUCCACGCUGUCGCUGCAGGCGCUGCGCAGCCGGUUGAACAUGGUCGUGCAGGAGGGCUCGCUCCCCAGUGGCACUCUCCGCAAUGCCCUCGACGUCUCUAGCCAGCGAAGCGCUGAGGAGAUUCUCUCAGCCCUGCGACGCGUGCACCUCAUCCCGAAGACGCAGGCGACUGCGAUCGGCUCGGCGACCUCGACCCCCGUCUCUCCCUUCGCCAACCUUGACACGUUCGUCGCAGUCGAGGGCUCAAACUUCAGCCACGGACAGCGACAACUGCUCUGUCUUGCACGCGCGCUGCUCAAGCCCUCGAAAGUCCUGAUUAUGGACGAGGCGACCUCGAGCUGUGACUAUGAAACCGACGCGCUGAUCACGGAGACGCUGAAGGAGGACUUUGCGGGCAUCACGAUGCUGGUCAUUGCGCACCGGCUGCGCACGAUCAUCGAGUUUGACAAGAUUGUCGUGCUCGAUCAAGGGCGUAUUGUCGAGGAAGGCGCGCCCGAGGAUCUGCUCGAUAUGCCCGACAAGAAGGGCAGGUUCAAGGCCCUCUGUGCCGCGCAGGGACGCGAGGAGUUUGACCGUCUCGUCGCUAUGGCGCGGGGCAGGAAGGCUCCGUCGCCGGGCACAGAUUCGUCCGAGUCCUGA